UUUUUCUUUUUUUUUCCUGGCGCGCGUCUGGCGCGCACUGAUAUAAACCCCAUGACGCGCAACGAGCGCGCAGAGGAGCAGAGGAGAAUCAACAGGACGUCGCGCAAAUCUCACUGAGACCUUCUGAAAAAUAUGCAUCCCAACUUGGUGAGCUGGCUGGGGACGCUGGGGUUCCUGCUGUGGGCGCUGAUCUGCCUGGGCGCCUUGACGGAGGGGUACCCGGUAAAACCGGAGAACCCCGGGGAGGACGCUCCGGCGGAGGAGUUGGCCAAGUAUUACUCAGCCCUGAGACACUACAUCAACCUCAUCACAAGACAGAGGUAUGGAAAGAGGUCCAGUCCUGAGAUUCUGGACACACUGGUCUCAGAGCUGCUGCUGAAGGAGAGCAGAGACACACUCCCACAGUCAAGAUACGACCCAUCAUUGUGGUGAUGGCCGUCACUCACCCUCCACCUCGGUCACCUCUGAUGUCUACAUGUCUGUCGGUUCACAAUGCCCUGCACCAUCCAAUGACCGCUCUGUCUUUGUUACCUGUCUGAAUGGCCACAUAGCUUAUUUCACUCUCUCUGUGUGCAUAAGCUACAAUGAACACACCUUACAGUACAUGAAACUGUAAAAUAGCUAAAUCGUCUGGGAAACCCCAAUAAGACCUGGAGGAGGGGCAUGUUGAUUGUAUUGUAUACUUGUGCUAUUAAACAAUUACUGUUUGAACAAAAGCA